UUGUUUUAGAGCCCAAAUAAAACGCCAACUAAGUCACGUGGUAAACAUGGGAGGGCCACACAUGGGACCACAACACCAAGAACUCCAAGGACCCCUCGUACCCCAGGAUCCCCCAAAACCCCGCCUCGGUUCAGGAUGCGUGUUUCCCCCGCUGCUCAGAGCCCAGUAGCAGGAAGCUCUCGUGAAGUAGGUAUGGCUCUGAGAGGAAGUCCUUUCAGAUCUCCAGCCAAACGCGCUCUAGUGGUCGAGACACCGACUAAGGAGAGCCCUCUGAGGAGCCCGCUGAAGGGGAUUCUCAGGACUCCGAUCAAGGUCUUGGUUGAAUCCUCUUCCGGGUUACAUAUUCUCAAUAGCCCAAUUACCCAGACUCCCAAGAAGAGCGUCACAUGGUCUCCAUCUCCUCGAAAAUGUAGAGUGGCAGAGAGCAGCGGUACUUUCAAGGUGCCAGAGUCACCGAGCGUUGCACCUCGCUCUUCUCCUACACUGAGAAACAAACUGUUCUGCAGUCCUGUCAAAAGCACAAACACUAAAAGAGACAUUUUCAAGACUCCAGAAAAGACUUGUCAAGUGAAACUGAUGAGGAUUUCUGAAACUCCGGAUAAAGUUCUUCUGACACAGGAUACAAAUCCAAAGUCCUCUGAAAAACUUGACGGGAUGAAAACACCUGAGAAAGUCAGUCUACUGGAAAUGCCUAACCCUCCACAAUCCACACCACCACAAAACCACAACCUGUCACCUAAACCCAACACUAGAACUAAUUCGAAGACUCUUAGUCCUAAUCGCAUGGUGACUCGUUCUGGACGAACUCCAGCCAAACAUGUAAACAUUUCAUCUCCAUGUAAGCCAGUGUUUGCGCCAGCAGAACGUUCUACCAUUUCAGAAGGACCAGAUAAAUCAAGAAAGACUCCAGUAAAGUCCUUAAGAAGAACAAGGUCUGGUCAAGGUGCUGGAACCCCCAGACGCAUCUUAAGAUCCCAGUCUAGUGAGGAUCUUCCCUCGAAACUAAACACAGAACCUGCUGAGCACUGUGAGCUUGUGGUGAAGAACAUUCAGUCCGAUGCAAAAGACGAGGUACAAGCAGAACCUUCACAAACCUCUGAAACGGACUCUAGUCCCCACAGAGAUUCCCACCAGCUUGACUCUUCACGUUUUAACUCCACAGACGAUGAAAGUAUGGACAUUGUCGAUGCUGCGGUUGUCAAUACUCAGUUCAGUGGAGGUAUCAAGAUGAACAUCAGCUUUUCACGAAAGUCCUCAACGUCCGGGGAAGCCUUUUUGUCGAACAUGUCGUCUCCUAAAUCACGUCCGGCACUCCCGGGAACACCUAGCCGGAGCUACGGUUUCCGACAGACCCCCGACCGCCAACAGAGGGAAGCUGCAGCUCGUCUGGGUUACGGAAAUGAAUCCCCUCGAUUUUCAACCCCAAGAGGUUUAGCUAAACGUAGUCGUCAAAAGAGCAUGGGUACUCCCAACCCUAUGACUUACCAGGUAGAAAUGGAAAUGCAAACAUCGGGAGUUCCUAAGCUCAAAAUCAAACGCACAGAUUCCAUGAACGCGGGCGAUUCGGCCUCAGAUGGCGACCCUCGAUCGGGAGCUUGGAGCCCCUUAGUUGGUGUGAAACCUUCUCAGCUGGAAAGCCCCUUGGCUCUGUUCUCUAAGCACAGAGAUCCGGGAUGUGUCUCACCGUCUCUCUGUACUCACGUCACCCCGGCAAAAAGCACGCCUGGAAAAGGUGGGAGCGUCCAAACGUUCAUUUGUCAGUCCUACACCCCGACACACUAUCCUGGGGGAACAAUGUCUCCCAUGAUAGCAGACAUAAUUCCCCUCACUCCUUCACCACAGAGCGGAGGUAAAGCCACCCCAGACAACCUGAACAGCUGGCCCCGCAGGAAGAGAGCUCAGAUUGGGCUGGGUGGAGGCAAGGAUCGGGGCCUGAAGAUGGAGCCUAUGCUGGGGGAGUUGUUAGAGCAAGCUGAGCUCGGAGUUAGCAGACUGCAGGACUUCGAGGACACGGAGGAGCCGUCAAACAAUAAAGCAGCAGGAUCAGCUUUGACCUCCAAACGGUCUCUCCCAGCUGGAGCAGAUGCUUCUCCUCUGUCUCCACUGGAGGACUUGUACUGGUUUGAGCAGCUGGGUGGAGCUGAUCCUCAGGGAGAAGAAGAUGAUGAUGAUGAAGAAGACAUCCUCUGGGCCACCGGGACUGGAGACGUCAAGUCAGUAGCGACGCCCCCCGGCUCCACGGCGAGGAAGCCGGUGACAGCGAGUGGGAUUUUGGCGCUCACUCAAUCCCCGCUGUUGUUCAAGGGAAAAGCCGGCUCUGCUAGCAAGAGAACACCCAACUUUAAAGAUGAAGCAGCAACAGGGAGGAGGAUAGAGGUGGAGGGAGUGGAGGUCUCUCCCUUCAGCCAGCCAAUCAGACGGGCUGACACAGGACGGUCCUACAGCAGGAAGAGGCUGCUGCACUGAACCACAAACAUUGUCCGUUGUGUUUCACUGUGAGCCUUCCUCUCACACGCUUUGUCUGAGAGAGCUUUUGAUGGCAGAUCUGAAGGAUGUCUUUCAGGCGCCACUUGAAAGGCUGGAGCAUGAAUGUCUCUCUCAGUCUCCACUAGCACUUCUUCUUUCUGUCCUAAACAACUGUUUCUGUUUCAAUCAGGAGAUUUUAUUAUGAUAGGUACGUUUAGCUGUGAGUUGAAAAGCUAAGCAGUUCUUCCAAGAUGUUUAAAAUUGUUCCUAUUAAUGAUUUUAUCAAAGUGUGUUAGCCACCCAAGUCUCCCUGAAGCUAAAAUGGUGAUAUUAUGUCAUCAGUGUUUUGAAAUAAGCAAUUUUACAAUCAAGUCUAAAUGUGUUUCUGUGAAUAUUCAUGUUUAUUUAUUAGUCUGUUUUUCUGUCAUAAACUUACUUUUUAUGUGAAAGGGAAGGGCCUAAUGAUUGAUUCAUAUUGUAAAUACCUUAUGUUCCAAAUACUUUAUGUAAAUAAAAAUCUGUUUUCUUAAUUAAGGGA